AUGUCGACACUCCACGCCCAGUCCCAGGACGGAACUCUAAAGCGUUCUGACCUGGAACAGUACCUACAGACAGUCUCUGCAGAUGCAGUAGACGCCAAUGGGUAUACCCCCCUCGCCCUGGCUGUCAAGAAUGGACAUUCCAACGUCGUAAAGCUCCUCCUUCAAAACCGCGCCGACGUCAACAAGCCUGUCCGAGACGGACGAACGCCGCUGUAUCUCGCGGCAAAUGCGAAGCAGAACCGCGCACGGAUUGUGGAAAUGCUAAUUUCUCGAAAAGCAAAUAUCGACGAGCCAAACCCGGAAUGGGGCAAUGAAACCCCUUUGAUGGUUGCCAUCACCCAAGGCCGGGAUCCAGAUGUUAUCCGUCAGUUGAUUGAUGCUGGAGCUUCGCUGACGAAACGCAACGAUCGAGGAGAUACGGCCCUCAGUCUCGCAGACCAGAUGUCCAGCCCUGCUAUUAAAAAUGCCUUCCUACCGAAGGAGAAACAAGGUCGGGGCAAGGCUGAGUUGGUCCAGCUGCUUGUCAACUUUGUGCUACUUGUUCUCGCCUAUCUAGGUGACUGGAAGGGAGUGAAGGAGAUUGUGGGCAACACAAUCAGAACUCUUUACAACCUCACCUCUGAGAUGCUCGGCGGCUCUAAUCCACCACCGGGAACAAGCUUUGAAGACCCCCAAAAUGUGGAAGAGUUCAGACACAACAUCAACAACAUUAUCCAACAGAGCAACCUUGAGGACUUCUAUCCACCAGGAGAUCCUUAUGUCGAACAGGUGGCCUCCAAGGCUGUUGAGCUAAAGAACAAUCCAAAGAAUACCUUGCGAUCCGGCGAUCAGAUAUGUAAACUUGCGCGUAUUGCUCUGUAUCAGCCGGUUUUGUACUGCGAUGACAGCGGUUCGAUGGAACGGGAUGGCCGAAUGGGGCGCCAAAAAGCCCUGGUCAAGCGCCUUACGGAGGUUGCUACUUUAGCGGUUCCCAAAAACAACGGGGUUCAUCUGCGUUUCAUCAACCGAGAUGACUCGACCGCCAAUAACCUGAGGGCAGAGGAAGUUGAGCGGAGAAUGGACUUUACGCCCAGUGGAUCAACACAGAUAGGGACCAAUCUUCGGGCUAAAAUCCUGCAGCCACUUGUGUACGAUGUGAUAGAGACAGGCGUGUUGCAGCGUCCAUUCUUCGUCAUGACAACCACAGAUGGAUGCCCUGAGGGUGAGGAUAAACGUGCAUUCCGAGAUGCCAUUGUGGAGUCUACUGAGAAGCUCACCGAGAAGGGCUAUGAGCCAGAUGCUGUCUAUUUCAGUCUUAGUCAGGUCGGAAACGCUCCAGAAGCUGCAGAUUUCCUGGAAAGUUUUGAAAACGAUAGUGAUGUGGAAGAAGUACUUCACCGCACAGCGGAACAUUUGGAUGAUCUCUUCGAGGAGCUCAGGGAAAACGAGAAGGAGCUCAAUGAAUGGCUACUUGACAUGUUGCUUGACCAGAUUCCGUAUAAGAAGUAG